UUCCUCUGUAUAUAUUAUAUGCACAUCAUUUCUGUCCUUCACACAACCAUGUGAACCCACCUAGCCCAGCGCCCACCUCCACCACCCUCUGCCAUCUCACAAGCCACCUAUAUAUAUAUUAUAUAUAUAUAUAUAGAAACCCAACUCACAGAGCCAGCAUCUGUGAGUCAAAUAUGGGCUUUAGGUGCUUGGUUUCUUUUCUUAUGCAAGCAAUAGUUCUUCUGUUGCUGUUGGAAGAAGGAAGAGCACAGCAGCACUUCUACAAUGUGAGCAGAUUGAGAGGGAGAAAGCAAGUGAGUGGAUGCAAUUUGUUUCAAGGAAGAUGGGUGGCUGAUUCUUCUUAUCCUCUUUAUGAUUCUUCAGCUUGUCCCUUCAUUGAUGAUGAGUUCAAUUGCCAGAAAUAUGGCAGACCUGAUUCUCAGUAUCUCAAAUAUUCUUGGCAACCUGACUCCUGCAACUUACCCAGGUUCAAUGGUGAGGAUUUUUUGAUGAGGUGGAGAGGGAAGAAGAUAAUGUUUGUGGGUGACUCACUGAGUUUAAACAUGUGGGAAUCUUUAUCUUGCAUGAUUCAUGCUUCUCUCCCAAAUACCAAGACUAGUUCUGUGAAUCAAGAUUCACUUCAUUCUGUGACCUUUGAGGACUAUGGAGUAACUCUGUUCAUGUACAGAACACCAUACUUGGUUGACAUAGUUAAACAAAGUAUUGGGAGAGUACUAAAGCUGGACUCCAUUGAAUCUGGAAAUGCAUGGACAGGAAUGGACUUGCUCAUCUUUAACUCCUGGCACUGGUGGACUCAUACCGGAAAAUCUCAACCAUGGGACUAUGUGAGUGAUGGAACAGGAAUUUACAAGGACAUGAACAGAUUAGAAGCAUUUUAUAAAGGAAUGUCAACAUGGGCAAAAUGGGUUGAUCUUAAUGUUGAUCCUUCCAAAACCAAAGUCUUCUUCCAAGGGAUUUCUCCAACCCAUUAUGAGGGCAGGGAAUGGAAUCAACCAAAGAAGAAUUGUUAUGGAGAAGCAGAGCCACUGUCAGGGUCUACUUAUCCAGGUGGUGCACCACCAGCUGCUGCAGUGGUGAACAAGGUGUUAAGCACAAUUAAGAAACCUGUUUAUCUACUAGACAUAACCACACUCUCACAGUUAAGAAAAGAUGCUCACCCUUCCACUUAUGGAGGUUCAGGCUCUGGCACAGACUGCAGCCACUGGUGCCUCCCUGGAUUGCCUGAUACCUGGAACCAACUCCUGUAUGCAGCUCUCGUCAUGUGAAGUGAAGAUCAAGAUUGAAAAAUCAGAUGAAUUUUUACCAUUCAUACCAUUUGUAUAUUGAAGAAGAUGCAGAAUUUUUCUGAUUUGUUCCUGUAGGGUGAUAAUAAGGGGACUGAAAUCAAUUGCAAAGUGAUUGAUUUUCUUCUUCAUCACAGCAAUUGCUCUGAAAGUGAUGAAUAGAUAGGUGGUAUUCAGAAUCAGAUGACUUUCUUCUGAUUGUGUCAAGAAAUUAAAUACUCAUUGGGGACUAUACUUAGGUUCAAUUAUCAUUGGAUUUGUAUUGAUAUUUGAUUAAACUUUUACUGCAAUUAUAAUACUUCCACAUUUCAGUUCAA